AUAUCCGCAACGUCAACAAAACGAGACAGAUAAGGCUUAUUCUCCCCUUUGCUUCGCUGUACAAUGGCCAUAUCUCGCAGCUCCAUGUAUCCAUCCUCGGUCGCCAGUCUCCCAGACCUUUAAGGUCAGUCUGGGUCCUCUAGUCGAGUCCCCAACAUGAGCCCGAUGGACGAGACGAACAAGUUUGAUGCGAGACGACGAUCACACCACGCUUGCCUUACUUGCAGGUCUGUUACGCGUACUGCGGUGUUGCUUGAUGUGCCUUGUGCCAAUGGUAUUAUAGGCGGAAGAAGACUCGCUGCCCGGGCGAGAAGCCUGCCUGCUCCAGCUGUGUCCGCCUGAAGCAGCCAUGCUCCUACGCCCCUGUGGUCAGAGCGACGCGAAACGGCCGAUCGGAGGAGAGAUUGGCACACCUGGAAGAGAAAUUAGAUCUCUUGUUAAGCGGUGGCCUGCCGAGCCAUGCCACCCGUCAAGAGCAAGCACUCGAAGAGCCUGCUGAUUACUCGGAGAAGUCGUACUCGGUGACCCCCCCCGCGCGCGAGCCCAGCUAUCCUACCAGCCACCCUUCCUCGACCCUCGAAUUCGACGCCGAGAAUGCGAAUCAGCGGCCUCGCCCAUCCGACAUCGCCAUUGGAAUCGACCUGUACUUUAAAUACUGCCACAAGCAACCGAUCUGGUGCUUUGGACGUGAAGACGUCGGCGACCAUGGCUCGCUACCUGAAGAACUGGCCUGCAGUAUCCUCGCACUGACUUCGCGCUUUCCUCCAAAGUGUGAUCAGAUGCAGCGCUAUGGCAAGAACGCCAGGAGUCUGAUCAUGCUUCGUAUCGCAAAUGGCACCGUGGACCUUGCAACCAUUGAGAGCUUGUGUCUGCUGUCGUACUCCUUUUUCAUAGACGGAAAUAUGUCUCUCGGCCAAUUCCACGUCGGUCUGGCUUUCCAACUUUGUCGGUCCGCUACGCUGGACCUCGAGUCGACAUACACUGUCGACGACGCGACCACGGAGCGCAAGAAACGGCUUUUCUGGAGCCUCCAGUUACUCGAGCAGUCUUACGGACGACAACAUGGUCUUUUGAGUGUCCCUACGGAAACAUGGCGACCAUCCUAUUCGUCGACUGGUAGAGGCCACGGGCCUGACAGGGAGAUUGACCAGAAGGCCCCGCCGCUACCCAGAGACGACCUGGGAUGUUCAACACCCACCGAGCCUGGAAUCUGGAACACGAGUGUCCAGCUCGGUUGGGUGUGGAGCCGGGUGAGAAAAUACGUGUCGAACUGCGCUCACAAUAUAUGGAAGGAGCCGUGGCGGCACGACUCGAUGUAUGCCAUGGUGCUGUCUGAUUUUAUGGAGACCGAGAACAGGAUCCCCAUCUGCCACCGAUACGACUCGGUCAAAUUCUACGAGCGCAAAGUGGAAGAGCUGAAGAUCAACCGAGAGUAUUGGGCGCCGUGGCUGAGGGAGCAGUUCACGUACCAUGCAAUCCCGACCGUCUUGAAUCACCCCUUCCUCUAUAUUAUCGGCGCACAACACAAUCCAAACCUGGCAAUUCCAAAUACAUUCUGGAGGAGAUCUUCCGAGCUCGCCCUCUUACAUUCUACCUGGAUUGUUCGCAUGAUUGAUAUGGUCUUGGACAAGCAAAUGCCGCUCGUCGAUCCAUUUUUUGGACAUGUUGCUGCGAUCGCAGCUACAGUGCACCUCUACUAUUGUUGUGCUGCGGAUUCCAGACUGAAACAUAAAUCAAACACGGAUUUUGCAAAAUGCAGGAGGUUUCUGAAAAGCUUUGUGCCCUUUUCACCGGCCUGCAAAGCUUUGGAUUCUAAUCUAGACAAGAUGACACGAAUUGCUGCCGGCUCCGAGAGCAUGGAUGUUGAGGACUGGAUGCCAUCCAAAAUCUAUCUCAGCGUGCCCCUGAUGUGGGACAUCCUUCAGUUCAAUUGUAUGACAGACUCCCGAGAAACACCGACUACUGGCUUGCUGGACGCCUCAUUAUCCCCCGCGGUGCCUCAAAAGUACACAGACGAGAGCUCAACCCUGGAGAUCAUUGUCGCCACCUCACCUGAAAUCAGCAUAAACACCGCCGAUGGAGGGCAAGACGCCCCGAUAUUAUCAUACAGAGCCCCUGUUUCUUCUGCACCAGAGUCUGCACAGAAGAAUGUCUGCAACGAUUUAUCGGUCGAGCAAGCGGACAGCCUUACGCUGACCACCACCCCCUGGCUCUGGGCGGACCCUUCACAGUUCGUCGGCAUGGGAGACAUGGGCUAUCACGACUCGCAGCCCGCAAUGGGCGAUGCAAGAGCUGCGGCAUGGUGGGAGGUCGAAAACAUCGGCAACGUCAUGUUUAAUCACUUUUAGCGCGGCGUCUCGACCUUCAAGACUGAUUUGGAGCAUAAAGCGAGGGCGACGCAAUCACACUGCUGUCGCGGUCUCGAUGUUGACUUUGCGCCAUCUACGUUGCGAGCUAGGAGUUUCACGGCGUAAAUGACCUGGGAGUUGCACGGUGGCUGAGUGCGUUUACAAAUCCAAACAUCUCUCAUUCGACGGUUUGGAUCCGAUAGAGUCUUUCACCCUGUGCGAAGACUAGUACGACCUAUAUAUUAUCAAUCGAAAUAGACGGGGAAGCAUCCAUUGCAGCACCAUGUCUGAGUUGGCAAAUCCCUCAACGAAAGCGAGCCAACUCCCGGGCCAGACGAGCGCAUGACACUGAACGGACGACCUCCGUCGAGACAGCGCAUGGAACACGUGUGCCUCUCUUCACGGCACUGUGGUCGACGGGGUGAGUGGUGGCAGGAGCAAAUGCAAACGAUCAGCCGACAUUUUGUACACUCGCUGAAUCCAGGACUCGGGCCGUAUCUGGUAUUGUCUCACCCGGGGUAGCCGCUCCGGGGUAUCUGGGGGCCACAGGGCCACACCCUUUCGACGUCGAGGCGAAACGGAUCGGAGGACCCAAGUUGGUCUAGAAGCGGUUCGUCGGCUCCGUUUGCCGAACAGAACCGUUUGAGUUUCGACAUCAGGAGACGGGCAACGAAGAUGGGAAGAUGGAAUCAUUCCCAAUCGGGCGCCUGUAUCUUAUCUUGCUGCCCACCCUACCUUGCUCGAGCGACAAGACGUGCGCUAUCAGUCGAUCAUUUGUGGCUUCUGUCAGACGUAUAUUUUGCUGUAUUCCGAGUGAAACUGCCGGUGUAUCUAUACCUCUUUUCUAUCAUUGGCUGGAAUCCUACGAUGACCGUGUACAACAUCCCAUAACUCGCAUUCGUGUUAUAUGUCCAUCUGUGGUCGGAUUUGGCGAACUGGCAUCUUGAAGGGGGGCGAAGUAGGUGUGACGUCUAUGGAAAUGCCGUCGGAGGGGAUGUUUUGGCUUCGUCGGGACUCCUUUCACGGCCUCGUAGCAGGGAG